AUGCGUGCGCACUACAUAGCGGCGGACCUUGCAUUAAACUCUGGUAAAACCUACCGCCAACACCUUAUGGAGAUUUGGGAAAUCAUUUGUCCGAAUCGACCCACCUACGCUCAACUCCUAUCAAACAGAGCGAGGUGGAUUCUGCAGAAUCAAAAACUUUCCCGAGCUGAGCUGGAAAACAUAAAGUCCAGCUGUUACCCUCACGUGUCAGCUGAAAUACAAAGCUCUAGUACACAAGAGCAAGAGUCACGGAGAUCAUCUCCUAGAAUACGAAGAAGUGGACUCUUCACCAGAGCGGAGAGCGAAGAUACAACCGAGAAACGCUUUCUGGGCAACCUGAUGAAGUUCUCGGGAAUUGCACCUGAAACACGACCGAAGCUUCCCCGCAUGAAACACUCCAGAGCAUUUUUAGCCACUGUAAUGCAUUUGAACUCUAUACUUCCUAAACACCUGGAGAAUGUCGACACACUAGAACCGAUUGUUGACAUUGUAUAUGCUGGAGCUGUCACAGCAUGUGAGAUUCAUGGCCGAGAAGUAGGACAGAACAGUACACUGAGACCUGAUACUGCACCUCCCUGGAAGCUGCGCCUGGAAAGGAAGAUAAACGUCAUGAGGAAAAAAAUCGGAAACUUACAUACUUACAUUAACACGGAUAAUCCAUCGAUGAAAGUGACUAAAGCUGUCAGAAGGAUAGCGUCUGAGUUCCGUGUUAGACGCAGAGAUCCGUCAUUCGUGGACAAAAUUCUCUUGAUAUCGGACACUCUAAAACAAAAAAUUAGAGCAUUAGGGAACAGGAUCAGACGCUAUAAUGAUAGAGCAAAGCGCUACAAAAACAACAGGCUAUUUUUUUCGAACCAGAAGCAGUUUUUUCGGGAUCUUGAGGGUGGCAGGAAUGAUGGGACGAUCCAAGUUAAACCUGCAGAAGCUCACAAAUACUGGUCUGAAAUUUGGUCGGAGAGUGCGAACCACGACGAUGGGGCGUAUUGGAUCGGCGAGGCCGAAGCACAGAUCCCCAAGGUUCGAAUGAGCGACAUCCAAAUCAGCGAGAUGGACAUAAAGGAGGCUCUGAAAGGUUCGAACAACUGGUCAUCACCUGGACCAGACAAAAUUCAAAAUUAUUGGUGGAAACACCUCACCAGUAUACAUAAAGCGCUCUCUAUGGCACUCCAAAAGUCAAUAGCCGACCCAACAACAAUUCCUGACUUUUGCACCUUGGGAGUGACACAUCUUCAGCCCAAAGACGGUGACUUCCGAAAUCCUAAGAACUAUCGGCCGAUCACCUGCCUGUCCACAGUUUAUAAAGUCCUCACCGCAGUACUCACCCGAUACAUCAGUCAGCACCUCAGAAACAACAAUCUAAUGGCUAGAGAACAGAAUGGCGGCCGCAUAAGAACUAAAGGCUGCAAAGAACUCCUGGUGAUUGACCAAAUAGUUACCAAGCAGGCCCGAAGAAAAUUGAGGCACAUCUCUGUGGCAUGGGUGGACUAUCGGAAGGCCUUUGACUCGGUUCCCCACACAUGGCUGCUAAGAGUACUAAAAAUGCACGGGAUCGACGAGAAGGUAACGAAUCUUCUUGGGCAUCUGAUGAGAGGGUGGAGGACCCAACUGGCUGUGAGAAUGGAGGAUCGUACAGUUAAGUCGGAGGUGAUCAAAAUCAACCGGGGCAUAUUCCAGGGCGACACCUUGAGUCCAAUAUGGUUCUGCAUGGCUCUGAAUCCUCUGAGUAUGUUACUUAAUAAUACCAACUAUGGCUAUACCAUCAGCAAGCAGAGGAACAUCCGUAUAAACCACCAAUUAUAUAUGGACGAUUUGAAGCUCUAUGCUGCUAAUGCAGAUCAACUAAGAAGAAUGCUGGAAAUAGUCUCAUCAUUCAGUGAUUCCAUAAACAUGCAACUGGGAGUAGAAAAGUGCGCAACUCUGGAAGUUAAAAGGGGAAAGAUACAGGAGUCAAAGCAGGAAACAACGCUUAUGAACCAGAUCAAGAUUCCCAGCCUGAACAAAGACGACGACUACAAGUACCUGGGCAUACAUCAAGCAUUGGACAUCAAAACUGCUGAGAUGAAGGAGCUCUUCAAACAAAAACUAUAUAAGAGAAUAAGCCUCCUCCUUAAAUCUAAGCUCAACUCGAGAUCAUUGUUCACGGCAAUCAACAUCUGGGCGGUGCCGAGCAUGACCUAUUCUUUCGGCAUCCUGACUUGGUCUGUUACUGAGCUCCGGGAAGUGGAUAGAGCUGUGAGAGCCAUCCUCACUAAAUAUGGAGUGCACCAUCCUCACUCGUCGACUAUCCGUCUGUACCUCCCACGCCAACAUGGAGGACGAGGGCUCCUCAAUCUGGAGUCGGUUCAUGAGGGAAACAUCAUCUCAUUAAGAAAAUAUUUCCUCAAAGAUCACUCACCUUUCUUCACCGCAAUCCGUGAAGCCGACGACAGAAUAUCACCCCUGAAGCUGGCGGAGUCAUCUCAUCAGGACACCAGGCGACCCCAGUGUGAGAUAAUGGAGGAAUGGAGGAGCAGGGCCUUGCACGGCAGAUACCCUGGUCACCUGGAAAGUGGAGAUGUGAAUAAGGUCGAAUCUCUUACUUACCUGCGCGCGGGAUACCUCUUCCCCGAGACGGAGGGACGGCUCUUGGCGAUCCAGGACCAGGUGGUGCCGACAAGAGUGUACCUGAAGCACAUAGCUCAGCAGGACAUCCCCACCGACCGAUGCCGCAGGUGCUCCCAAGGACCAGAGUCAAUUCAACAUCUGACUUCCUCGUGCCCAAUUCUAGCCCCAAAGGACUAUCUCGAUAGACACAACUCAAUGGCCAAGAUUUUUCAUCAGCAGAUGGCGUUGAAGCUCGGUCUUCUUCUGAGCGAAACCCAGCAGCACUUAUAUGUGCCAAAAACACUGUUGCAAAACGCCAGCUACAAACUUUACUGGGACGCCACAAUGGUAACGGAUAGAUUGGUUGCUCAUAAUAGGCCAGACAUCACUCUGUUCGACAAUGUGAGGAAAACGUGUCUCCUGAUAGAUUUCACCAUUCCCGCAGACGAUAAUAUCUCAAGGGCUUACUCGGAAAAGAUCUCAAAGUACACAGAUCUGGCCUUCCAACUCCGAGAAAUGUACGCACUUGAGGCGGUCAGUGUUCUACCCAUGAUAAUCUCGGUGAACGGAAUUGUGGAGAGGCACUUACUUGAGAAUACCCAGCGACUCUGCUUGGACAAGGACAUCAUCUCCGCUUCGCAAAAACAGGUCAUCCUGCACACGACCAGAAUAAUACGGAAGGUUCUGCAAGGACCGUAG